AUGGCCGACUCGAGCACUCCUUCAACCCCGCCUCCGCAAAAUGGUGCCCCGAAGGCGGCCCCGAAGCCGCAGAAUCCCGCUCUUAGGAUGCUUGGUCUCCCGAAUUUACGACUAAAACUUCCGUCGCGGAAUUGGAUGAUAUUUCUCACAGUCACCGGGUCUUUUUUUGGGGCUUUGAUAUACGACCGCCGGGAGAAGAAACGAGUCCAAGAGAAAUGGUCCAACUUGGUCGCCCAUAUAGCCAAAGAGCCUAUCCCCACGAAUGAGACACGGCGGAAACUUACGAUAUUUCUCGCAGCACCUCCUGGUGACGGCUUAAUGAGCGCCAGGGAUCAUUUUAGGGAAUACGUUAAGCCAAUUUUAGUCUCCGGAGCGAUGGACUACGAAGUGAUAGAAGGUAGAAGGGAAGGUGAUAUCAGAGCGGCUCUCGCUAAAAAGAUUCGAAAGUUUCGACAGACGGCUGGUGAAGGCCCCCCUUUGGAAGAAGAUGACCAUGAAACCUCAAUGAGACGGGUACGGGAGCUGUUCGGAACACAUGAUGAACCUGGUGUCAAGGGCGACGUUGUUAUCGGUCGGCAUACGUGGAAAGAAUACGUUCGUGGACUCCAUGAAGGGUGGCUCGGACCUGUUAAUCCUAUUGUCGCGGAGCCCGAAUUCGUCCCACCAACGACCGAGAAAGUGGCCGAAACUGAACCUAACUCUCAAACCACCGAUGAUGGCUCGAAUACGGCUGAAGUGGACAAGAAGGACGAAAAGGAAAAAGAGGAAAAGAAGCCCGAGGCCAAGAAACCAAAGGGCCCGACGCUUACAUACCUCCUACCAUCGCUCUACUCUUCGCAAGAACUUCCGCCUUCCCUGCCCGACGAAUUCCAACCUUCAUCGCCACUUGCCUUCCCGCAUAUCCUAGGAUUCCUCAAUACCCCUAUUCGAAUUAAACGAUUCCUCACCCGUCGCUACCUGGCAGACAGUGUUGGCAGAGACGUUGCUGCAAUUGUCCUCGCAUCUUCAUACAGGCCAUACUCAGACAACUAUCAAUCCACAAGCUUAGAAUCUACUGACUCCGACUCACCGACAUCAUCGUCAUCACUCAGCUACGAACAACAACAUGUACUCGAGCAAGAAGAGAAAGAGUGGCACAAAUCAGUGCAUAAGACCCCCGAGAACCCAGAUCUUAAAGAGCGAGAAUGGCUUGAUGAUGUAGUAAUAGAUCCGCGGAUUGGCGCACGAAUGAGGCGUUUUACUCUUUCACCGGAGGAGGAGGAGAGAGCACAGCGCAUAGCAGAGGGUAAAGAGUGGGUUCUCGGGGAGGAGAAACCUGUUCCGAUACCGACAUGGACAAAACUAUGGAAUAAAUACGGAUGGGGCGAGGAUGAUACUCGAGGAAAGCCAUACUGAAAUUGGCGGGGUUCUUGAGACAACAGUGAAUCCAUGGUUG